UUUUCCACGUGAAAGCUGAAAGAAAAAGUCGUGCAGGAAUUCAGAUGAACUCAAAUCCAGCAAUGGAUCAUCUAGAAGAACUAGUUGUACAUUUGCACGAAAUUCAAGCGGUUAAAUUCGGCAAGUUCCAAUUGAAGAGUGGUAUUUAUUCACCAGUUUAUUUUGAUCUAAGAGUGAUCGUUUCCUAUCCUGCUGUAAUGAACCAGGUCGCCAGUCUCUUGUUCCAGUGUGCAAAGGAUAGUGGAUUGAAGUAUGACACUGUGUGUGGUGUCCCGUAUACAGCAUUGCCAUUGGCCUCAAUCAUCUGCUCUUCCAAUCAAUUACCAAUGCUGAUUCGGAGAAAGGAAGCAAAGAAUUAUGGAACGAAGCGGCUUGUGGAAGGUAGUAUCAAUCCUGGAGAGACUUGCCUCAUCAUUGAAGAUGUGGUCACCAGUGGAUCCAGUGUCAUGGAGACUGUGGAGGUCCUCAAGAAAGAGGGCUUGAAGGUUACAGAUGCCAUCGUGCUGGUUGACAGAGAGCAGGGCGGCGAGGCCAGACUGGCAGAUGAAGGCAUUCGUUUACAUUCUGUUUGUUCUUUAUCAAAUCUUUUAGACGUUCUUUGCAAAAGGGGAAAAAUUGAUGCUGAAGUGGUACAGAAUGUCAACAGAUUUAUCCAAGAGAAUGGCACCUACACAUUCACAAAACAAAGUGGUUCAGCCCCGGCAAAGAAAAUGUGUAGAGAAAUGAGCUAUGGUGCCCGUGCUGAGCAUCCAGGAGUCCACCCAAUUGCUGCCCAGCUGUUGAAGGUGAUGGAAAAGAAGAAAACAAACCUGUGCAUGUCUGCCGAUGUCACCGACUGCAAAGAACUCCUCCAGCUGGCUGACACCAUUGGUCCGCACAUCUGUGUGCUGAAGACUCAUGUUGACAUCUUGCAAGAUUUCCAGCCAGAGGUGAUCAAGGAGCUGAAAGCAGUGGCAGAGAAGCACAAGUUUUUGCUGUUUGAAGACCGGAAGUUUGCAGACAUCGGGAACACAGUGAAACACCAGUAUGAAGGUGGUGUUUACAAGAUUUCUUCCUGGUCUCAUAUAACCAAUGCACAUGUGGUUCCUGGGCCUGGAGUUGUGAAAGGACUGAGGGAGGUGGGAAUGUCUCUGAAUCGGGGAUGCCUGUUGAUUGCACAGAUGAGCUCCCAAGGUUCAUUAGCUACUGGGGAUUACACUGAAGCUGCAGUUAAAAUGGCUGAAGAACAUUCUGAUUUCGUGUUUGGAUUUAUAAGUGGCUCGAAAUUAACUAGCAAGCCAGAGUUUCUUCAUAUGACACCUGGAGUACAGCUGCAGUCAGGAGGAGAUGGUCUGGGCCAGCAGUAUUUGAGCCCUGAAGAAGUAAUUGUUAAGAAGGGCUCUGAUAUCAUCAUUGUGGGAAGAGGAAUUCUGGCAGCCUCAGAUCGAGUGGAAGCUGCACAGACCUAUAGAAAAGCAGGCUGGGAGGCUUAUCUAAAAAGGCUUUCUGUGCCUGGAGAGCUGCCAUAGUCAGCAGAAUGAGUCCAUCCUGUAGUAAAGACGAUAAGCAACCAGGUUUAUAAGGCAGAACUUCUUUCUUUUGGCGCCUUUUUUCUGUGCCUACAACUUAAGGAAACAAAAUGUUUUAUUAUUUUUUUAAGUAUAAAUAAUACUGCAGACAAAUACUACUAAUGACAAA